UAGCAUGGCAUUUAACUAGCUAAUUAUUAAAUGUGGAGUGGAAGUACGAAGAUAACAUUAUCCACCAAGAUAAAGCCACGUGUUAGUUAAACAAAAAUAUUAAAUCCAACCGUAGGAUUUAUGGCAGCUAAAACUAUAACCUCAACCUCCAAAUCGAAUAUCUCUGUCCGCUUUUAAAUACCACGAAAGCUUCGCAAUAACUUCCCCAUUCUAUCACUCUGUUUUUCUCUCUCUCUCUCUAGAAAUGGAUAAAGGUAAAACGUUUGGAGAACAAUGGAGGUUCAGUCCAUCGUUUAAACCGCCUGAAACGCCGUUAAAUUCUAUGGAGUUUUUGUCACGCGCGUGGAGCGCUUCCGCAACGGAAGUAACAAGAGCCGUUGUAGCUUCUCCGACUUUUCAACCGCCGCAAAUGCGUUUCUCCGAGAUCCAGAGCGCUUCUGACGUCACUUUGUUGCCGGAAGAUGAAGAAAACGGCAUCGUUUCCGGAAACACUUUCUCUUUCGCUUCCUCUGAGACUUCUUUAAUGGUCAUGGAACGUAUCAUGGCUCAGUCUCCUGAUAUUUCAUCACCACGGACUUCAGGGAGACUUUCACACAGCUCUUUCACUGAAAGCCCUCCGAUUUCUCCCUCUGACAUCGACGACUUUAAGCAAUUCUACCGUAUAAGCCCAUCCUUUAGUGGACACAUACGUGGUCCAUCCGCCGUCUCCGGCGUCGCAGGAGGUUCUAAAACUGUCGGUCGGUGGUUGAAGGACAGGAGGGAGAAGAAAAGAGAGGAGACACGUGCACAAAACGCACAGCUUCACGCGGCAGUAUCUGUAGCUUCAGUGGCUGCCGCCGUGGCUGCUAUUGCUGUAGCAACUGCCUCUCAGUCGAGUUCUGGAAAUGACGAGCAAGUUGCUCAAACUGACUCCGCGGUGGCUUCCGCCGCGACUUUAGUGGCGGCACAAUGUGUGGAAGCCGCCCAGAUUAUGGGAGCCGAUCGCGAGCACCUGGCCUCCGUUGUUAGUUCUGCGGUCAACGUUCGUUCCGCCGGAGAUAUCAUGACGUUGACAGCCGCCGCGGCUACAGCGUUGAGAGGAGCUGCAACUCUAAAGGCGAGGGCAUUUAAGGAGGUAUGGAACAUAGCGGCAGUGAUUCCGGUGGAGAAGGGGAUACCGAAAGGCGGUGAAAGCAGCGGCGGUGGUGGUGGUUACCAAGGCUGUUUAACUCCGGAAGACAAUUUUCUUGGGAUAUGUAGUAGAGAAUUGCUAGCUAAAGGUUGCGAAUUGCUUAAACGCACCCGCGAAGGCGAUCUUCAUUGGAAAGUUGUUUCGGUAUACAUAAAUAGAACAAAGCAGGUAAUAUUGAAGAUGAAAAGUAAACAUGUUGCCGGGACCAUUACAAAGAAAAAGAAGUAUGUGGUGGUGGAACUUGUGAAGGGAUUAACUGCGUGGCCUGGCCGUGAAUUACUCGAGGGAGGAGAGGAUUUGAGGUACUUCGGGCUAAAAACAUUAGAGAAAAGAGUGAUUGAAUUCGAGUGCAAAAGCCAAAGGGAGUAUGAUCUUUGGACACAAGGCGUUUCCAUGCUUAUUUCCCUUGCUUCUGAUAGUAGGCAUUAAUGGUGAAUUAAGUUAUAGGCUUGUUGGGUGUAAAGUCAGUAUGAAAAUGAAACAAUGGGAAUAUUGGUAUUUUAUAUUCUUCUAAAAUGGGAUUAAAUCGUCUAAAUAUUUAUAAGGUAAGAUCUUAUGCAAAUUACGUAAUGUUCUUGUUGUUAAGCUAUGAACUAUGGUGAUGGAGAAAUCAGAUGAACGUAGGGGUUGACCUAUUGCUUUGU